AUUUGGAUACUGGCAAAAAUAUACCAGCGUCAGAUCUUGAAGAAGAAAUUAAAAAUUCAAAUGGAAAUAUUGAUCCAUUAACUUAUCAUAUAAUGCAACGGGCGGGUUCAGAUACUGAAUUAAACCAUAUUGGGGAUGAAAUUCAUACAAGAAGCGUGAGCGAUGAAGAUAUUAAUUCUACCGAUGACAAACCUAACAGACGAAAAUCAUUUUUAAGCCGCUUAAAACGAACGUCUUAUAUAUUUUCCGAAAAUACAGAUGGUUUUGGGCGUGCUCAACCUCGAUACAUAAAAACUCGAGCACGAAACAAACCAAUUAAAGAAUUUGAUCGCCUUUUUCUUGCCCAAGAAUUGUAUAAUCCAAUUUCUAGCGAUGAUGCCGAUUCAGAUUUGACUAAUAUUAAACCUGGAGCUAUUUGGUGUAUGAAAUUUAGCAAGGAUGGAAAAUUCUUGGCAACAGGUGGUCAAGAUACAGUUGUUCGAGUGUGGGCUGUCAUUUCAAGUGAUGAGGAACGAGAGCAUUUCCUUGAAGGAUGUGGGACUAGCGUAUAUGAAGGUAUCAGUGGUGCAAAACUAGGUGCUCCUGUUUUUCGCGACAAACCAUUAUAUGAAUAUCGUGGGCAUACAGCUGAUGUAUUGGACCUGAGUUGGAGUAAGAAUAACUUUUUACUUUCUUCGUCAAUGGACAAGACUGUGAGAUUACGUCUUUGGAAUAUACCCGAGAAGAAAGUUGCUUAUUGGAAUGAGCUUACUGACUCUCAAUUAAUUACUGCCGUCGGCUUUACUCUUGAUGGUAAAAUGGCCGUAGCAGGAAGUUUAUCCGGACUAUGCCUUUUUUAUGAAACGGAUGG